GUGCCGACGAGAGCAAAGAGCCGAACCCUGCACUCUCUCUUUCUCUCUCUCUCUACGCGCCUGAGGAGAGAUGCGGCCUCUCGACGAGAAGGAGACCACCGUUGUCUUCGAGAAGCUGUUCAAGUUUGUGGGCAGCAACCUUAAAGACAUCGUCGAGCGCCGCUCAGCCGGUGACGGCCCCGGCGGCGAGGACGGUCGCUUUUGCUUCCGCCUCCACAAGAACCGCGUCUUGUACGCCGCCGAGCCCGUUGUCCGCCGCGCCACCAACGUCGCCCGUGACCGCCUUGUCAGCCUCGGCACCUGCAUCGGCAAGUUCACCAAGGGCGGGGACUUCCGCCUUACCAUCCAGUGCCUGGACCUCCUUGCCGCCCAUGCCAAGCACAAGGUCUGGCUCAAGCCUGCCGCGGAGAUGUCCUUCCUUUAUGGCAAUCACGUCCUUAAGGGCGGCGUCGGCCGGAUCUCCGAAAAUACCUCUGUCAAUGACGGCGUAGUCGUCUUAUCUAUGUCUGACAUCCCCCUCGGCUUUGGCGUCGCCGCCAAGUCGACGCAGGACUGCCGCAAGCUGGACCCUAACGGGAUCGUCGUCUUGCACCAGGCUGACAUCGGCGAGUAUUUGAGGAUGGAAGACGAGCUGUGAAGACCUUCCCUUUUCCCUCUUGAGUAUGGUGUUCUAGUUGGCCUCAUAUUGUAUGCGUUUGAUUUUUUUCUUUCCUCGGGGGAUUUUGUUACGGGAAGUUGGGCAUUGAGACGUUCGCUUUUAUUAUUCACUAAUUAUAGAAGGAAGUCUUAGUAAAAAGACAA